AUGUGUUCUCCUGGUCCAUGUAACCCUGUAAUUUGCAGUCCACCUAUGUGCUGCCCAACACCUUGUCCAAUACCUUCUUGCAUACCACCUUGUCCACCAGCUUGUUAUCCUUGCCUACCUUGCGUACCUUGUGCGCCUCUCAUACAAUGUAGGCCACCGUGUCCGCCUCGUUGCCCAGCAAGACCAUCGAAGACAGUGGUGUACUUACGACCUUGUCCACCCUGUCCACCUUGCUGCCCUAUGCCUUGUCCUCCAAAAGUGGUGGUGACAUGUCCUCCUCCCUGCUCACCUUGUCCACCGCCUCCUCCAACUUGCGUUUACGUUUGUACGCCAAAAUGCAUACCUUGUAUGCCGUGUCCACCUCCUACACCCCCGGUUUGCUCACCUUGCAGACCGCUUUGUCUGCCUUGUCCACCUUGCUGA